CCAUCCGGACAAAAAGUUGGCGGGAAAUUCACAUUCACAUUCUUCGAUCGAAGAAAAAUCUUCCAGCUCAGUUAAUUGAACAAAGACUGAAUACAUUUCAACACGAAAUGGAGAACGCUGAAUUGCCAAUUGAAAAUGCUCAUGAACCCACUGAAGAAGCUCAUCAACCGGUGUGCAGUACCGGUAGCACGAUGAGUCCAAAAGAGGAAGCAAAUAAACCUAAAAAGAAGCAUGCAACGUUUCAAGAUAACACGAUGACUGAAAAGGAGCUUUCACAGACUAGCAGCUCCUACAGAGAGGCCCUGAGUCAGCCUGCACCAGGGCUCUCCCACCGCCAGCGUCUAGCGUGGCUACAGAAGCGACGCGGUCCCGGAUUAUGGGUACAAUGUGACGCGUGUAACUCCUGGCGCCAUCUGUCGCAUGUUGUUGACUCCCAUCAGCUGCCGCGCAAGUGGUAUUGCACUAUGAAUCCAGACAAAGCUUUAGCAGACUGCUCCGCUCCGGAAGCUCCUUUGCGUAUAUCAGAUGAAGAAGACCUGAUCCACAGCGAGUACUCGGCCGGAUCGCUGGUGUGGGCGCGGCUGCCCGGCUGGCCGUGGUGGCCCGCCAUGGUCGACGAUGAACCUGAUACAGAGCAGUUCUACUGGCUUGACGGCUUCUCCGAUAUACCGACACAUUACAACGUUGUCUUCUUCGAUGAAAGAGGUCCCACGAGAGCCUGGAUAUCUCCUGAAAAUUUGGAGCCUUACACCCAAAAUAAAAAGAGGUUUCGACGUUCUUCAAACUACAAUCAAUACAAGAAGCGACUAGAGCGGUCUAUCCAUCAGGCGAAUAAAGCAGAGACGCUUCCAGUGGCCGAUCGUUUAGCCAAAUUUAGUUUCAUAAAUACAUACAAAGGACCAAUAAUGAGUCCGAAGAAAGUUACCAAAACAGAGUUGGCAAUGUUCCAGAAGAAGUUGAAACGGAAAUUCAAUGUUGACUUUCCUAUUGAAGCUAGUUCUGACUCGGAAGAUGAGGAAUCUAUUCAAGCUCUAAGAGAAAUCAAUAAGAAGAAGAAUGUGAUUUUGAUUGGAACGCCUAGAAGUAAAAAGGCUAAACAAGAUAGUAAUCCUAAUAACGAUAGUGACACAACAGUAACAGAAACUGUUCUAGAACUAACAGUUCAAGAAAAUCGGAGAAACGGUAAUCUUAAGGAAAACAACGAAGACCAAUCAAACAAGGAAGAUAGGAAACGAAAACCUUCAACAGAACAAGAAGUUGAGAAGAAACCUAAAAAGAUAAUCGAGUUUAAAACUCCUAAGAAAGGGCUGGACGUUGUGAAAAAUACCACUAAUAUCAGCUUUGCUAGUGCAACAACGAUUAAUUCUCAAGAGCAAUCCUUUAAGAUACCAGAUUCGAUGGCUACUGAAAUUGGCAGCACACCGACAUUAAACUUGGGAUCGCAGAUUAAUGGCUUUGAUAAUGAUUCAUCUAAAACCUACGCACCGGGAGACGAAUCGGAUUCAGCUGUUAUUACUCAGGAUUUCCAGAUUCGCAUUGAGACUCCAAGCAGUGACGACUUUGACUUUUAAUUUAAUUAAGAAUGUGUACCUUUUAUGAUGAUGAUAUUAUCUGUUGAUUAUUACUUGAUUACCUACUGUUUAAAAACCACAUCUUGAGCUGUUCAUGCAUCUAAAUGGCACGCGAUGAUGAGUUCCGCAUUAAUUUUGAGAGAAUAUAACCCUGAACUGAACGUGAUCUGUGAGUGACCCCCUAGGUGCAUCUAGAAAUGCCAUGACCAUUCUUAUAAUAAUUAUUUUUAAGCAAUGAUUGUGUUACUAGAUAUUGUUAGGUCUAUUCAUUCUUGGUGGAUGAUAAAAAAUUAGUUAUUUUGAAGAUUUAGUUAUCUAUUUUCUUAAUAAUAAUACAUAUUUGCUGAUAUGUUGCACGUUAAGUAUUGUAUAAGGUGACGAACCCAAUCAUGGACAGUUUAAGAAAAAAAUUCGCCAGUUUUUGAUAUUUCACUGAUAAAUGUAAAAAUUCUACCGCCAAGCGUGUUAAAUCUUGAAUGUCCUAUCCUUCUUCUACA